GAGUGGUUUGCGUCGGAAUGUACCAUUUGUCAAUACAACGGGAGGGAUUUUGUUGUGACACUCAGGAGCCGUCUGAGGAACCCGGCGGGGGGAAUCGGUAGUCACACAGGUUCUUUCACCUUGGAUCAACAAUGGCCUUCAGCAAGGGAUAUCGCAUUUACCACAAACUGGACCCGCCCCCCUACAGUGUCAUCGUGGAAACGAGGAGCAGGGAUGAAUGCCUCAUGUUUGAAUCAGGGGCUGUUGCUGUUCUGUCGGCAGCAGAGAAGGAGGCCAUCAAAAAUACAUACACUAAGAUUGUUGAUGCUUAUGGAAUUCUGGGGGUCCUACGCCUAAACCUGGGUGACUCCAUGCUCCACAGCCUUGUGGUUGUGACAGGAUGUAGCUCUGUGGGAAAAGUCCAGGAUUCUGAGGUUUUCAGGGUCACACAGACAGACUUUGUAUCUCUGAAGAAUGACCCCGGAGACGAGGACCGGAUUGCUGAAGUGCGAAAGGUCCUGAACUCUGGACACUUCUACUUUGCAUGGUCUGCCACUGGGGUCAGCAUGGACUUGAGUCUGAAUGCACAUCGUAGGAUCCUAGAAGACACCACAGAUAACCGCUUCUUCUGGAACCAGUCACUUCACCUGCACCUGAAGCACUAUGGGGUGAACUGUGAUGACUGGCUGUUGAGGUUGAUGUGUGGAGGUGUGGAGGUUAGGACCAUCUAUGCGGGACAUAAACAGGCCAAAGCCUGCAUCAUCUCUCGCCUCAGCUCAGAGCGAGCUGGGACACGAUUCAACGUCCGAGGAACCAAUGACGAUGGACAGGUGGCCAACUUUGUGGAGACUGAACAGGUUAUUUUCUUGGACGAUAAAGUGUCAUCCUUCAUACAGAUCCGUGGGUCCAUUCCUUUGUUCUGGGAACAGCCAGGUAUCCAGAAAAAAUCCCUUAAGGGUGUUUUGUUGCACCUGAAUGAGAAUCGCCACCCUAAUGGAAUGGAUGAGAACCCCCACCUGGUUGGCUCUCAUCGUGUCAAACUCUCCAGGGGCUUUGAGGCAAAUGCACCGGCAUUUGAAAGGCACUUCAGUGCUCUGAGGAGGCUGUAUGGCAAACAGGUUAUCAUCAACCUGCUGGGGAGUAAGGAAGGAGAACAUAUGCUCAGCAAAGCAUUUCAGAGUCAUCUGAAGGCGUCAGAGCAUGCAACUGCAGUGAAAAUGGUGAACUUUGACUACCAUCAGAUGGUGAAGGGAGGCAAGGCAGAUAAACUCCACAGUGUCCUCAAACCCCAGCUCAGCAAAUUCACAGAAGAGUGCGGUUUCUUCUACUACUCUGGAGAGACUGGCAUUGCCAGGACUCAGAGUGGGACCAUCAGGACCAACUGCCUGGACUGUCUGGACAGAACCAACAGUGUCCAGGCCUUCUUUGCUCUUGAGAUGCUGCCAAAGCAGCUGGAGGAGAUGGGUCUAACAGAGAAACCGCAGCUGGUGGCCAGGUUCCAGGAGGUUUUCAGGACCAUGUGGUCUGUCAACGGAGACUCUGUCAGCAAAAUCUAUGCUGGCACUGGGGCCCUGGAUGGCAAGGCCAAGGCGGGAAAGCUGAAAGAUGGAGCUCGCUCUGUGACGAGGACCAUCCAGAACAACUUCUUUGAUAGCUCCAAGCAGGAGGCUAUAGACAUCCUAAGGCUGGGCUCCACACUCAACAGUGAUCUGGCAGACAAAGCUCGGGCACUGCUCACCACUUCCAGUCUUUACGUCACUGAGCCUGUCUUACAAUCAGCAUCUCCCAGAGUGCUGUUGGGAAUGUGUCAAAACUACCAUAAGUACACACGGCCCAAGCAGAUUAGGGUGUGUGUCGGCACCUGGAAUGUCAAUGGAGGCAAACAGUUCCGCAGCAUUGCCUUUCGCAACCAAACACUCAACGAUUGGCUGUUGGAUGCUCCAAAGAAGGCGGGGCAUCCUGAGUUCCAAGACAGCAAAGCCAACCCAAUAGAUAUCUUUGCCAUUGGCUUUGAGGAAAUGGUUGAACUGAAUGCCGGCAACAUUGUCAGUGCCAGCACCACGAACCAGAAACUCUGGGCAGCUGAGCUACAAAAGAACAUCUCUCGAGACCAUAAGUAUGUGCUGCUUGCAUCAGAGCAGCUGGUGGGAGUGUGUCUCUUUGUCUUCAUCCGCCCACAGCAUGCCCCCUUUAUCAGAGAUGUUGCAGUCGAUACAGUGAAAACUGGAAUGGGCGGGGCUACAGGUAAUAAAGGGGGUGUGGCCAUUCGCCUACUGUUCCACACCACCAGCAUCUGCUUUGUCUGCUCCCACUUUGCUGCUGGCCAGUCACAGGUCAAGGAGAGGAAUGACGACUAUAAUGAAAUCACACGCAGACUCACCUUCCCCAUGGGUCGUUUGCUGUACUCACAUGACUAUGUGUUCUGGUGCGGAGACUUCAAUUACCGUAUCAGCCUACCCAAUGAAGAAGUAAAAGAGUUAAUCAGACAACAAAACUGGGAUGCUCUGACUGCUGGAGACCAGUUAUUGGACCAAAAGAAUGCUGGCCUGGUCUUCCGAGGUUUCAUUGAGGGGAAUCUCGACUUUGCCCCCACCUAUAAGUAUGACCUGUUCUCAGAGGACUAUGACACCAGUGAGAAGUGCCGCACACCCGCCUGGACUGACCGUAUACUGUGGAAGAGGAGAAAGUGGAACUUUGACAAAACUGCUGAAGAAAUGAAUGUAGUUGGGGCAGCCUCUGUGCCUGCCAGUGAGGAUGAUCCAGAGCACGCCUGGAGCCCUGGCACUCUGAAGUACUAUGGCAGAGCUGAGCUCAAGACCUCAGAUCACAGGCCUGUGAUGGCGAUCAUGGAUGUGGACAUCCUGGAGGUUGACCCAGAGGCUCGGCACCAGGUCUACAAGGAUGUCAUCGCCCUGCAGGGGCCCCCAGAUGGCACCAUCAUGGUGUCGCUCUGCACGUCCGGUCCUGACGACUACUUCGAUGACGCACUCAUAGAUGAGCUGUUGGACAAGUUUGCUAACUUCGGAGAGGUCAUUCUCAUCAGGUUUGUCGAGGAGAAGAUGUGGGUGACUUUCCUCGAAGGUUACUCUGCCCUAGCUGCUCUUUCUCUCAGCGCUUCCACUAUCCUAGGUAAGGUCAUUGACAUCCGUCUGAAGAGUCCUGGCUGGAUCAAGAGUCUGGAGGAGGAGAUGAGCGUGGAGAGGAUCUGUGGAAGCAUCCCGACCUCGGCCAGCUCCACCUUGCUGGCUGAGGACACAGACAUGGGCGAUGAUGACUACGAUAUGGAAGGUGAUGUGGAUGAGGAGGUGGAGGAGAUUCUUCCACAGCACCUGCAGCCUGGAGCAGGUUCUGGCCCUGGAUCUUCCCCCCUCCCUUCCCCGCGAAGUAGCCCCUGUCCUUCCCCGACCCAUGGAGAACCUGUGGCCCCCAGCAGGCCUAGCCGUGGACCCCAACCGUCCCGACCGUCACAAGGAGAUUUAAGCCCAUCACCAUGCAGGAGAGAAAUUCCAGGGCCUCCGGUCAACAUGCAGCCUGGUGCCCCCACAUCUCAGGGCUUGGAGCCUAAACGCCCACCUCCCCCGCGGCCCAACGCCCCACCAGCCAGACCUGCACCCCCCCAGCGUCCUCCACCACCUUCAGGAGGCAUGAGCCCUCUACCAGUUAGAAAGGACACUGGAGGACCAAAAAGCCCUGGUCCUGCUCGGCCAGAUGCUGCUGCAGGUCGAGGCCAGGCAGCAGCAGGAGGUCCUGGACCAGGAGGUGUUCCUAGACCAAAUAUCCCUCCUCGAGCUGGUGUGAUUAGUAUGCCCCCCCAGUCUCGCCCAAUGCCUCCCUCACACCCUGGAGCACCCAGGCCCAUUCCAGAGGUGCAUCCCGGGGCCCCUCGACCUAUUCCAGACACCCACCCUGGGGCUCCCCGGCCUGUGCCCAGUACCCAGGCCAAACCAUCUGACCUGCCUCUGGGUCCUUCUUCCUCAGCCCCCCCUCCUACAGGACCCCCUCCCUCUGGUCCCUCUCCCACAGGUCCCCCUUCCUCAGCUCCUCCUCCCACAGGCCCCCCAUCAGUGAGACCACAGGUUCCAUCUCCCAUGCAGCCACCCAUGCAGCCCCAACCCGCCCCGUCUGUCCAGUCCCAGCUUCCUCCACCGAUGCAGCCCACACUUCCAGCCCCCCUGCAGCCACAGCCAGCCGCAGCCCCUAAAGCAGGGCCUCCAGCUGCUGCCCCCGCUGGGCCCCCACAGGGUCUGGCCUCCCCCAAGCCUCCACCACGUUCCCGCUCCUCUCACGCUCUGCCCCCUGACGCUGCCAAAUCUGAGACUGCCCCAGAUGCGCAGACCAAUGGGAUGAAUGGAUUCCAAAGAGAAGCACAAUGGAAGCCUGACCCUUUUGACACCCUCACAUCUGACUUCCUCUCCUCUUCCUCAUCUUCGUGGCACAACACCCAGUCCCUGACCAGAGGCUCAUCUCUGCGCACCCCCCUAUCCGCUCCUGCUCCUCUCUUUUCCUCCAACACCCUCCCCUCAUCUUUCUCCCUCCAGUCCUCCACUCUGUCAGCCCUGCAGAGCCUUGAAACUUCUUCCUCCUCCUCCUCCUCCCUUUCCACCCCCUCGCCACUCACCUCCUCCCUGCUCCCACCUCCACCGGUCCCUUCUCGCAGUCGCUCUCAGGAGACGCUGCGUGCCUCCCCCAGUCCACUGCUGACUGACCCGGUUCCGUCCCGUCCCAGCAGCACCAACCCCUUCACAGGUCCACUGGUGCAGCAACAGCAGCAGCGACGCUCGCUCACCCCAGAUUUCAGCAUCCAGCAUUCGAGCACCAGGCUUGACCUCCAGAGGACCGUGUCUGCUCUUAGCCAGCCCCUCAUCCCUACACCUGCUCCAAUACUGGCCCCAACUCAAGCUCCAGCAGCUUCUGCGCGCUCCUCCCAGCUUGAAAGGACCACGUCUCUGAUAGGACAAUCAUCCACUAUUACAACUACUCCUCUGCUCCCCCUUACCCCUGCUCCGGCCUUACCUCUGGCCCCGCCUUCCUCCAUCCCCACUGCCCUCGCACCGUGUCGCCGGCCCCCUCCCACGAGUGGAAAACCAACCCAGCAGUGGGUCACCUUUGACGACGACUCAGACUUCCCCCUCUCAACCCACACGCCACCAGCCUCCGUUUUCACUUCCACCUCCCAACCUCAGCUUCCCAUGUCUGGCUUUGACUCAGACCCAAGCUGGGCAUCCUCCGCCUCUUCAGUAUUACCAUCUCUCCCCCCUCCCAUCCCCACCAGAACUGCACCCAGCAACCCAAAACUCCCAGACAGACCCAGUGACGGCUUCCCCUUCCCUAAGGAGUUGACAGAGAGAUAGGAUGACAGUUAACAAUUAUAGGGCAUAUCCAGAUAUGUAUAGAUCUAUGAUAAAUGUGUAUAUGUGCGUGUGUAUGGUAUGUACAAAAGAGACAGUAUUUAAGAAGUAUAGACGACUCCCCCUCAGAAUCAAAUGAAUGGAAAUAUAUAUCUCAGACGAGCAAUUGAGCAGUAACACAGGAAAUGUACAAGGCUAAAUGUGUCUUCUAUCCUUAUGAUAAAGUUGUCUGCUUGUUCCCUGAUAUCAACAAUUAUUUUAAUAUGAAUGGUUCUGAUGUUUAUUUUUAUUUAUGGCAGCAAACAUGUGCCUGUGUCUAUAUAGUUAUAUAAAGUAUAUGUAUACACACAAGUAUCUGUGUGUAAUCUCCUGUGCAAUAUCAAACGUGUGUGGCCAUGCAGCAUGCUGCAGUGGCCUGCAGGGUUUCACAUAGGACCAUAUUAUGUAUACUUUCACUGACAUUCUUUAAUUUUUGACAGACUGUAUUGGCAGUAGCCAGUAUCUUUACAUCGGAUAUAUUGAGGGAUUUUCAAAGUAGACACUUCUCGAGGGUAGUCCGUUUAUAUCAUUUAGUAGGCUAUGCAUUGCGGGUGGCCACAUUUGCCCCAAAAAAAUGGCUGCUGUCUGUUGUCCAUAAGCAUUGAUCAGACAUUACUUUGAUUUGCAAAGAGCUUGGUGUCUGUUAACAUUUUUCUGUUCUUCAGUUCUCUGUAUAUCAGAGGGGCAUACUGAAAGCUUAAGUCUCAUUGGCGUGGUGCAAAACUUGCUUUUAUCAUGAAUGUACUUUUCUGUUGCACUGGGUUUUGUCAUUGCCUCUCUGCUGAGCCCACUGUGUGAACAACGGCCACACGGGUCAGUGUCACAGUCAGUCACACUGUUCACUGCCGCAGGACUGAUGCUCUGUAAUAUCACCUCAUCCACCUGAUGAUCAGUCAAGACGUUUCUGUUGUCUCUCUAUUCAGUGAUCCUCCUCUGUCUAUGGGCUGUUCCGCUUAGCUGAAUAUGUUUUGUAACUCUAUAUCACAACCUAUACAUAGUGAUUAUGUAUUUAUGUAUGUUUUCAAUACGGAAGCUUCUCGCUAAAUGUGUGUAUGUGUACUCGUGAUGACCGUAUUAGUGGUAUGCACAAUGUAACUGAUAUGCACUGAAAGCGCUGUCUGUGUUCUCAUGGUUGUGCUCGUGUUGAAGCCAGAGGCUCUGAUGGCCGAGCAACACAGAGAUGGAGAGCCUGUGGAUUAAGUGAGAGAGAAGACAAAAAGAGGGCUUUAACCUGCUUCCACCUCUGUCUAGUGCCCUGAUCCCUCUUGAUUUAUCCAAAGCUUCAAACCAUAUAACUGUCAAUUCAAAGAAUGUGGUGUGUGUCUGUGUGUGCGCGCGCGCAUGCACAUGUGUGUGCUUCUGUUAACCGAGUGUAAGGACAAACAUGAUCAGGUUCUGUGGGCAAAUCAGACAUUAAGCAAUGCACAUGCAAGAGGAUACUUUUAUUUUUCCUUUUUUCCUCUUUGACUUCACCUUUUUUUAUCGCAGAAACUUUUUUUUUCUAAAAACAUUUUACUCUUGAUAAUCUCUAAAUGAUGCUGUGGUGAGAAGUAACGUGCUGUGUUUGAGGUACAUAUUGUCUGUUGUCGUGUGCGGUAGUGUUUGUGUUUGGAUGUGUGUGUGUGCGUACAGGAUUGGCGUGAAGUUUAGUUUGCUGUCCCCCCCCUUACGAAACUAUCAGUCACUCUGUUGUGGCUGGAACAGUGUAUUUCUUCUCUCCAGCCCACCAAGGGUGUGAUGUGGCAUUAUUACAUAUGACAAGGUUUGUGGUACAAUAAAUCUCAUAGGAUUUGUUUUAUUUAUUUGAAAGCACCCCGCACCUGACUGAGAAUCCCCUUGUGGCACUACCAGGGGAAGAUUAUUCCUUUGCCACAUGACUGAAAAUGAGGAUUCAGGUGAAUUCACUAGAUAAUCAUUUCCAAAAAAUGACUUCUUACGCAUCCUUCCUAGGCAAAUUUUGGCCCACAAGACAGAGGAGUGUGAUUUGUUCCCUCCUCCACAGACUUGCUAGACACUGAGGAGCUGGAUAUGGGGUACAAUCUGUUCUCAGCCAAAUUGAGAGUCAUUGUUACCGCGUCUUGCAGAGAGUGUAACUAUUAACGAGGUGUGUUUGGUGUUUUUUCUGACAUGCCAGAAUUAUUUGGUGUACUACCUACUUUACUCUGGCAUUGAGUUUUACAGGUUCUGUUUACAGGCAGCCACUGAUGGCACUUCCAUAUACAGGAGUAACUGUUUUGCAAAAGGAUCGGUGAGACUAGAAACCGUUCUGCCACGAGCCCGAUUUUGUUGUAUAUUUUGGAUGCUGUUUCCCUCUACGUGCAAAAACUGUGAAACAGCUUGAAACGUCUAGUCUUAAAAGCGCUUUGAUGAGGCGAGGAGGAAAAAAACCCAUCAGGGUCCAAGAAAGUACCAGCUAACUAAUGCUUCUCUGAUGUACUGCGCUUUUCUUCAAACACCAUGUACACAAAAAAGAAUUUUAAAAAAAUGAAUAAAAAAAGGUAAAUAACUGUCGUAGCAUUGCAAAGAUUCAGACUUCACUCACUGCACUGAAAGCAGUAGCACUGUAGGCAAGUGUAUGACUGCCUACUGCUUACAGCCCUACACUGGAGUCUGUGUAAUCUCUAAAAAAUGCAUUUAUGUUAUCCAGAUGUGUGCAGUAGGUACUGUAUUUGAAGCAUUAAUAAUAGGUGACUAUAGCCAGCGCUUCAUGUGUCAUGUCAUGCUCAAGAUGAGAUUUUAUAGGAAACAAAACAGCUCCUUUUGUGAGAUUGGUGUCCCUUUUUAUGAUUAUAAUCCAUAGUAAACAAAAGUCUGUGUUGUUGACCAUGUUCUGUAUGUAUUAAAGAGAAAACAAAGCUGCAAUUCAUGUAAUAUCAGAAGUUCCAUAUUUUAAGUGCACAGCUGAUUGCACAUUUAUGUAUGAAACAGUUUGUGUUGUAUGUAUGCAAUAAUAAAUGUCAGUUGACACUG